GUCGGAACGAUCGAACCCGUCGAGAUUCCACUGUAAUAUAUAUUUACAUAAUAUGCGUCGAGCACGUAUUAAGGCUUUGGCUGCUGUGCCACUUCGGAAGAAGGCUCUGCAGGAUUCGGUAGAUUCUAUUGAUGCUAACAAUGCGGCUGAUAAGGAAAAGAAAGAAGAAAACGUAUCUGACAUCAGAAUAGAACGAGAUGCUACUAAGGACGUUGCAAAGGUAAAAGAACAGAAAGAGGAAGACGUAGCUACGACUGAUAUAUUUGAACAAAAAGAACAAGAAGAAGAUGUAUUCAGCACUGAUAUACCGAAACAAAAGAAACAGAAAGAGGAAGAUGUACUUAAUACUGAUGUACCGGAGCAAGAAGCUGCCAAAGAUGUGAGAGUCCAAGAGGAACCUAUGAAGAAUGAACAAAACAAAGUCAGUUUAAGAGAGUCAGUUACAGUCGAAAUAGCAGAUUCUGAAGAAUUGAGUUCUCCACGAAAACCAGACUCUCAAGAGUUACGUGCUCAAGCAACGCUACGUUCUCAAGAAUCUCCGCGUACUGGAGUCAAGCUGGACAAAGUUACUGAUCAAUCGGUUCAGAAAAGUACUCUGCUACCAGAUGUGCCUGUAGUAUCAGAUAUAGCCUCUCCUACAAAGAUACAGACUCGCCCAUGUUUCAUGAGACCUACUCCAAGGUUGGACAGUGGCGGUAGAAUAAGAAAGAACAGUAUACAGGGAAGUGGUGCGAGCGCGAGUGAAUCAGAGGACGAACACAGCAAGCGAGUGCAAUCCGUCGUGCCGGGUCGCGUACGAAAUGAUUCCAUCUGUUCCGUACAAAGCAAUAAGGAAGGUACUACCAAUGACAAUCAAAACAGUCCUCCGAAAUUUAAAACGACGCAGAAAAAACGUAUGCUGGUGUCGGAAUCUGCGAGAAAGCUGGCUGAAGCCAGAAGGGAGUUUUUGCUGAAGCAUGAAAAUAGAGCACCUGAUAGAAGCCAAUUGAAAAUGUACGAUUUGAUAUACUAUAAUCCCGUGUCAAAUCCCAUGAAGAGAAUGCCAGUUGGACGAAGACAAGUGACUACGCCACAACCGGUGGAAAUUCCCAUGGCGGUGGAAGAGGAAGAAGAGGAUGAUCCAUCCAGACCAAAGGCAAUGCCCACGCCGCAGGUGAAAGUGGGUCCCGAUGGUGAAUUGAUAAUAGACGAACAAAGUCUCGUGAUAGAACAAACAGAUGCGAAAAGGGAUGAAGAAAUAUUAGCGAGCGAGGCUACUAUCGAGGACGAAAAUUCCCAUGGCGGUGGUUUCUAUAAGAAGCAUAAGAGGAGCAAGGAGUGGCCGAAAUGGGAAACAUUUAAAUUUUACAGAGUUUUAAAUGUAGUAGGUACGGAUUUUCUAUUGAUGCAAGCACACUUCCCGAAUAGAAGUAGACAAGAAAUUAAGCAGAAGUAUAAGAAGGAGGAGAGAGUUAAUCGACAAUUAAUCGAAAAAGCUUUGAAAUAUCAUCAAGAAUUUGAUACCGAUAUGCUGGGAGAGCAACUAGAAAUGCUGCAAAAACUAGAAAAUUUUCAAGACACGCCUAAAAGAGCACCGGAGAAAAUUAAGAACGGACAAUGCUUGAGUAGAACUGACAGAAAACGCAAGCAUCGAUUAGUAGCGAAAAGUAUCGGAGAGUGUGAGAAACUCUCCAACGAUCAAGGAACUGAAGAUACAACCAUAGAAUCGACAAACGGUGAAAUUGAUAUAGAAAUAAAUAGCGACAUAAAUACUGCUCAGCAACAUUUGGAAAAAAGAUGCAAAGCGCGGAAAUCGAAGAAGCGUUUGGAUGAUGAAUCUGAGAAAUUCGAUGAUUACAGUUCUGACACAGGUGCUGAUUCGGACAGCUCUGAGGAAGUUUAUCAACCCAGACCGACUAGAUCCGGCAGACUGACGAAGAAAAUAAGGAAACUACAAGCACCUGAUAUUAGUACGUCUAACAGUAAUACCGGGAAUGAAACGUCAAUAGACGAUAAGCCUAUGAUACCGUCACACGUAGCUGUCGAAGUUACAGAAUAUGUAAAUACAUCAGUUACGAAUAGUGGAAACACGGAAACGUCUUGUUCCGACAAUAUUAUGAAAAUAAUACCGAACAUUAAUCAAAUGGAGCCAGGAGCCUUGGUAAUCGUCUCGAAAGAAUCUACAGAGAAUCCUGGAAAUACUAUUUUACAAGUUUAUAUGGUUGCUUCGAACAUCGACUCCACCACAACAGUUACACCUAGCGCGGCAUCCGGGAUUGAGUCAUCGGAACCUUUAUCCAAUAAAUCGGAAAAUGCCGAACCGAAUACGAUUAACAUUGUGGAUGACGCUGAAAAGUGAUUUUUUGCAAUUAAUUAUAAUCUAACUUAACCCUCCAUUUGUAAACGUUUUUUUGCACCCUCGGAGCGUAAACAUGGGUCUGUCAUGUUUGAAUCUAAAAAAAUUUACAAAAUAUCUGUCUACAUUGGCUGCGUUCAGCGAAAAAAGCAAUUUGCAGUGAACGCUCAAUGAUUUUUUAUUAUGAUUGGUUUCCACAAUUAGAAACGGGGAAGAA